AUGGGUUGCGGUGCCUCAGCAUCGAAGAAGGAGGGCGGGGGUGGCAAGAAGAGUACAACAGGCUUCGCAUCUGCGAGCCUCAUUGUUGACAACCAGGGCAAGAUCCAGCAGUUUUAUGACAUUGACAAGAAAAAGAUCGGAGAGGGUUCGUAUGGCUCUGUCUGCAAAGCAAGGAACAAGGCAACGAAAGCCAUGCGGGCAAUCAAGACGAUCAAUAAGGCUGCUUUGAAAAGCCCUGAAGCUUUCAAGAAGGAAAUUCAGAUCAUGAAGAUUUUGGACCACCCCAACAUUUGCAAGUUGUAUGAGUCGUUCCAAGAUCAUCGCUACAUCUACUUGGUGCUCGAGCUUUGUACCGGCGGUGAGCUGUUUGACCGGAUCAUUGAGUACGGCCACCUCACAGAAAAGCAGGCAGCUUUGUUGAUGCAGAACAUGUUUAGGGCGAUCUACUACAUGCACCAGAGUCACUACACUCACCGAGAUCUGAAGCCGGAGAACUUCAUUUUCACCACCAAGGAAGCCAUCGAAAAGAGCGUUCUCAAAUUGAUUGAUUUUGGUCUGGCACGGGAGUUUGCUCCGGACCAGGUGUUGACUACAAAAGCCGGCACUCCUUACUAUGUGGCCCCCCAGGUCCUUGCUGGCAAAUAUGAUCACAUGGCCGACAUGUGGAGCCUGGGUGUGAUCAUGUACGUCAUGCUGUGUGGUUAUCCUCCCUUCUAUGGUGAGUCGGACCAGGAAGUUCUUGACGAGGUCCGUCAAGGAAAGGUGAAGUUUCAGGCAGCAGAUUGGAAGAAUGUUUCUGAAGAUGCCAAAGCGCUGAUCAAGAACCUCUUGCAGAUGAACCCCAAGGACAGAUACUCUGCCGAGCAAGCGUUGAACGAUGUGUGGAUCAAAGAAAAGGCCCCGAAGGCCAAAGAUGUCAACCUGCAGGACGGUUUCGUCGACAAGCUGCGUGGAUUCCUGUCGCAGAACAAGUUGAAGAAAGCAGCCUUGCAGGUGAUUGCAAGCAGUCUUGAUGACAAGCAGAUCCAGGCCUUGAGAGAGACUUUCCAAGCGCUAGAUGAGAACGGAGAUGGGCUGCUAACUGCAGCCGAACUUAAAGCAGGCUUGGAGAAGGGUGGCUUGAAGGACAUUCCAGGCGACCUUCAGGAGAUCAUGAGGAGCAUCGAUGCAGAUGGAAGCGGGGUCAUCGAUUACACGGAGUUCCUUGCGGCCACUCUGGACAGGAAGCACUUCAUUGAGGAAGAUGCUUGUUGGCAAGCUUUCCGCGUUUUCGAUCGCGAUGGCAAUGGUACCAUCAGCCAGAAAGAGCUCGCGGAGGUCUUGGCCAGUGAUGACGUUGCAGGCAAGUUUCACAAGGACCUGGCUGAUUUGAUGAAGAUGGUGGAUACAAAUGGGGAUGGUGAAAUCGACUUCCAGGAGUUUAUGCAAAUGAUGAGGAGCUGA